ACCGAGAUAAGACUCGACUCUUCAUUUUUUCCCUGCUGUCGACACCGAGGUGUAGUUCUUUCAGGACCUGUCGCCAUGUUGACCUUGAGUUUCCUUCUUUUGAGUGUCGCCAUCUGCUAUGCUUCCAUCGGGUCGGCAACGGACCGUCUGUUUCUGCUCAAGGACGAAGAUCGUGACGGCAGUAUCUCCAACGACGAGAUGAUGACCUACCUCGUCGGCUGUGACAGAAACGAUGAUAAGCGUUUGACGGAGGCUGAAUUCUUCCACUGUUCCACCAACCGGAACCACGACAUGCACCCCUUCGCCGUCAGCCUCUUCCACGCCUUUGACAUCGGUCACCGCCGCUGGAUCACCCUCAACGACGCCGGGAUCAAGACAAUAACCGCCGCAUUCGACGGCGACGCAAAUGGUUCGGUAGACAAGGUUGAGUUUGAAGCUUAUCUUCACCACCGCCUUCACCACAACGGAAACAAGAAGUAAACAUCACGGUACCAAAUCUAAUUGGAUUGUGUUAUCUUCAUUGAAAAACCCAAAGAAAUUGUUCAAUAAACACUUUUUUCAUAA